AUGGCCUCAGAGCAACUCACACAAUGCCUCACACAUACACUCUCCCCGGAUACCACCACGCGCAUCAAGGCCGAGCUCACCCUCGGCGACAUGCUCGCUGCCCCAGAGGCGGGCUUGGUGCUUGCACAGCUCGUGGCGAGCCAGGGCGCGGACGUAGGGCUUAGACAGAUGAUCGUUCUGCGUAAGUUUGUGAAUGAAAGAUGGUCUCCCGCGCUACCGAAAUGGAGAAGCAUGGCGUGUAUAUGUCGUGCCCAAUCGUUUCUGACGAAACCGCACCCCGCGCAGCUCAAAGGCCAGAUUCGCCAAGUCGUCUUCCAGACCCUCUCCGACCUUCAAAAUAAAAUCCGCUCCCUCAGUGCGCAAAUCAUCACGACCAUCGCAAACGCUGACUGGCCGGAUGAGUGGCCAGACCUACUCGACGCGCUGAUCGCACUUCUGUCCUCGAAUUCACCGUCGUCCGUGCACGGCGCGAUGCAGGUGUUGGCUGAGUUCAUCAAGGCGGACUUGACGGAAGACCAGAUCCUGCCCGUCCUCAGACAGUUGCUCCCGAUUCUGCUGAACAUCCUCGGCGCGCCUGAGCAACAUAGCGUGCUCACGCGCGCACGCGCUGUCGGGGUCUUCAGGACGUGUGUGGAGACGCUGUUCAUGGUGAAGCAGGAGCACCCGCAGGCGGUCAAGGAGGCCGCUCAGUCCAUCCUUCCCGCAUGGCUGGACGCAUUCAAAUUCCUACUGAACAUUGACCCGAGGCGCGACGUUGACGGCACACCGAACUGGGACGGUGUCGCACUGCGCAUUCAGAUCUUCAAGGCUCUUGACACGAUUCAAGUGCCUUUCCACCGUCUCCUCACACCGGCCCUUCCCGACUUCCUCUCCGCAGCGCUCGCCCACCUGACCACGCUCUAUCCUGCCUAUCUGCAUCACUACAUCCUCGCUGAAGCUGCCGUUCCUCCGCCCUCAGAGGCGACCGAUGGCGAGAGCAUUGAGCUGACGCAGCUGUUCUGCGCGAUCUCUGACUUUGUGGCGGGCGCGGCGCGGCAUGCGCGCGGAAGGGAGUUUUGGACGGAGGAUAAUAUGGGGAAGACGGUGUUGGCGCUCACACAGUGGGUGCAAAUCACGAAUGAUGAUGAAGAGGAGUGGAUCAACAACGCGAAUGCGUUUGUUGCUCAAGAGGCGGAGGAGGCAAUGUCUUUCAGCGCCCGGAUAGCUGGUAUUGACUUGCUUGGCGCUAUCAUCGAUGGAUUCCAGUCACCAGCAAUGAACACCAUGCAAUCAGUCAUUCACCAGAUCACAGCUCAGUCGGACGCGGAGAAGGCCUCUGGAAACCCGAACUGGUGGCGUCCUCUGGAAGCCAUGCUCGCGGCGGUCGGCGGUCAAUCCGAGUCGGUCCUCGAUUGGAUCGAGGACGAGGCUACCUCUGGCAGACAGGCCCAAAUCCAGAUCGUCCCUCUUCUCCAGAAUGUCAUACCGAACUUGCUCAGCUUGUCAGCGUCUCAAUAUGGUGUAGAUUGCCCCUUCUUACAGGGUCGGGCCUUCGUAUUCGCUAGUCAGUACACGAAAGUGCUACCUGUGGAGAUGGCAGGCCAGUACUUGCAGGCGACCGUACAAGUGCUCGAGGCCAGUGAGGCCAACAUACCCAUCAAGAUCUCUGCGGUCAAGGCCGUCCUAAACUUCUGCAAGGACAUCAACGACGACUUGCUGGAACCCGUGGCACCGCGGAUAGCGAAGGCCGUCGGCCCAUUCCUGACUGUGACCUCGGAGGAUACAUUGUCUCUUGUGUUGGAAGCGCUCUUGACGAUUGUCGAGAUCAAGAAGUGUGCAUGGAUCACGCCGGACCUCGCCAGUUCGCUCGUGACGGCUGUCUUGGAUAUCUGGAUGAAGAACAACAAGGACCCGAUCUUCAUCUCCCUCCUGACCGAUAUCCUCGCCUCAUUGGCUGGGUCGAAGGCCCCGGGCGUGUACGAAACAGUGGUCAAGCAAGCCCUGCCCAUUCUCACCAACGCCAUCAUGGCGUCUACCGAGAGGGAGCCAUGGAUCACUGGGGCUGCCAUUGAUCUUGCAAGCAGUCUGGCCCAGGGCGCGCCUGAGUCCGGGUUGGGAGAUGGCUUCGUGAGCAUACUCGCACCCAGCCUGUUCCUUGCCCUGCGGUCGGUCGAGGACAGGGACGUCGUCCAGAACGGCAUCGCCUGUUUGACCACUAUCAUCCGGAAAGACUGCACGCAGCUGCAGACUUGGUCCGACCCCACGACGGGUCGAUUAGGGCUGGACUGCGUACUGGAGGUGAUUGCGAAGCAGCUGAAGAGCCAGGACGAAUCGGGCGGGCUUGUGGUGGGCGACCUGAUCAUCCAUCUGCUGCGCCGAGCAGGCGAGAACGUCCUCCCCGUACUUCCUGAAUUGCUCAAUGCCAUGAUCGGUGGGAUGACCACCGCGAAGACCGCCACGUUCAUUCAGAGCCUUGUCAUCCCGUUCGCGUUCCUGAUCCACAAUCAACGAGACACUGUGCUGGAUCUUCUCGAGCCCACAAACGUCGAUGGGCGGUCAGGCCUCGACAUCCUCCUGCAAACCUGGUGCGAGAACGAGGAGACCUUCCAAGGCUUUUGGGCGCAGCGCAUCAGCUCCCUCGCCUUGUGCUCGCUAUUUGCUUCUGGCCGGCCAAGCCUCCAAAGCGUCGUCGUGAAGGGGGACCUGAUAAUCAAGCCGGAGACAAGAAAUGUCAUCAUGACUAGGUCGAAGACAAAAGCUGUGCCCACAGAGUUCACUCGCAUACCCUUCCCUGUGAAGGCACUGAAAAUCCUGCUGCGCGAGCUGCAGUCCGGCGGAGAGGCAGCUUCACGGAGAAUGAAUGCGUCGGAAGUCGACUCAGACGACGGGGACGAUUGGCAAGAGGACGACGAUGAGGUCGCGCCCUCUCGCUCAUCCUCGCGCGCAAACGAGAUGGCCUUCCUGUCCGACCUGCUCUCUGCGCCCGGGGGUUUGCCUUUCGACAAUGACGACCUACUGGAGGCGGCUGACGACGAGGACUUGAAGAGUGACCCCGUGUCGCAAAUGGAUAUGAAGGCUCAUCUUCUGUCAUUCUUCAAGGACUGCGCGGCGCAGAACACGAACAACUUCUCUGCCGCGGUCGACCAGCUAUCAGCGGAUGAAAUCCUCGUCGUGCGGCAGGUUGUGAGCUCCCAGUAA